UUGCUCGGUACUAUUGAACAAAAGGAUGACGUGAGGCUGUCCCUCUCAUCGAUUAGGUAGGAUUUGAGUAAUGUACUUAGAGACGGACGUCGCACGAAAAACGUCGCCUGGCGAUCGCCCUCCACUGUAUUGUAUCUUGCAGAUGCUGAUAUGAGACUGAGAGGCUUAGCUCAGUAGCUGGAGGGAGGCGCAGCUGCUGUUUGCGUUAAUUUUAUAGGAUAGGAUUUAUCUCGGACGAGAGGAGAGGCGAUAAGACAAGACAGCUUAAUCAUAUGUUGAACCACAGUUUCUCGCCCGGUUAACAGUCCAUGUCGAGUAUGGAUUUGGUUAGCCAUUUAUUUCUGUAUUUGUUUCAGAUCCAUGGACUUGAUGGUGGCUGGGUGGAGGAAGCCGUAACUGAGACUACCGGCAGACCGGUAAUCGUGCUUACAUCUGUACCGUACCGGUACAUGGUUAACUGCCUUUUCUGCUAUUCUUUCCAGUUUACAGCUGUAUGAGUUUGCUUAAAAAACUUAUAUUGACUGAUUGAAGUGAUACUGUACCAUUACCGGUAUACUAGUAUAGAAUAUUCAUACAUUAACAAUGGUAAAUUGCGAAACAGUGAAACACCAUGGUAUCUCAGUAACUACUGAACUAACCUAUUUCAAUAUAGACUAUUAAGAUAUACCGAUACCUGCAGACCUGGGUAAUGAUAAUAACAAUAUGCAGGUUUAUGCCUUGCACAGCAGCAUACUCUUGCAUAUUAUUGUACCUAUUUGCAAUCAUCAUUAUUACUAUAACUAGAUUCAACAAGUUGUGAUGACUCAGCCCGGCCCCCUUCCAGUGGCGUUUAGCACGCAAGACCCCCCCCCCCCAUUUAUCAUUCCGAUGGUAUUUUGAUUAGUAAAUUUCAAAUCCUGCUAUGUUCAGACAAUUCAUACCCAACCAAGUGAAAACAUCUGUGAAAUAACCUUAUCAAGCAAUGAAACUUGGAAGAAAGGGAGAGUUCCUACGAAACUUUACUUCAUGAAAAAUCUAAAAUUCAUAUUAUAUAAUUUAGCAAAACUUGUUUUUACUGCAAGUAAAAAACUCCUUGUAAAAUAUUCUCUAUAAAUUUUAAUUUUGCAUAGCUACCAAGCAGUGAUUGCAAGGUACUGCUUACACAGACCCUUGUUCAGAGUGAAAUGCACAUGAAAUAUUGUAUCAAAUAUAUAUAUAUUAUUCCAAGUUCCAAAUUUGAAAAUGCACGUAUUAGUUUUGGGGAUAUUAUAUAUCACUGAUUCUUGAAGUCUAUGGUUCUCAAUGCUCAUAAUUGCUUAAGUAUUUUGAAGGUAUUUAAUAUACAACAUCCUCAAAUAAUUUUUAUACAUUACACUAAAUAGGUAUAUGGCUCUUAAUUAAUUAAAAGAACUCUUUUCUCACAGUAUGGCUUGUGUCUAAAAGUGAUUCAGUCAAAAUUUGGACAAAUUACCUAUAAAAAAUCCAUUUUAUGCUGAAUUGAUCUUACUUUUUAUUUAUUUGUUCUGAAAUAUAGUUAAAUUCAUUUCCAUUUCACCUAUUGUGAACCUAAAUAAAAAUGGACUAUCAGUACACUUCAAUACUAGGAAAUAUCCUGAAUUGACAGCAGGAAGUCUAAAAAAUUACCAAAGAAUUUGUUCACUGUGAUCAAAUCAGGACCAUUUUGUUUUACUGAUAUUUUCCUGACCAAGUUUUGAUUGCACAAUACAAAAAUUUCCAACAACUACAAGAAUCCUGGCCAUAAAAGGGGUUGACAUGUAAAAAAAAAGAAGCAAAACCAUGACUGAAAACGGGGGAAGAGGGCCAAGACGUUGCUUGUUUGGCCGUGAAGAUCAUGAAACUCUAAAUCAAGAUUUGACAGCGCAAGUAAAAGAAGAAGAAAGAAAAUCUGCUGAAGCUUUUGAAAAGCGAUGGAAUUUUAAAAUAGAAAAUGAGACUCCUUUAACUGGUCGUUACCAGUGGGUGAAAAUUAAAAAGACUGAUACGGAACCCACAACAAGUCGAAGCGUAUCUCAUCUACCUAGUUCAUCUGCAUCAACCGAAGAAAAUGUGACAAGUUUGGUUAGAAGUUCACCUUCAGAACCAACAGCUCCAGCUUCUGAUACAGAAAAGUCCUCAUUGGACGAAUUAAGCUUUUUGUCAUCUCCUUCGAAUGACAGUGAUGUGAAUGAAAGACCCAAUUCUUCAGAUGAGAAGGAUGCAAAUCAAAAUGUUGUUAAAGAAUCAGCGAAAAGAAAAGCACCUGGUGUAUUAUACAGUGAUGAAUCUCUGAAGAAAGAAGCCAGGCUAACAAAACCGCCAUAGAAGUAUUAUCCUUGUAGUUAGGUCAAAUGCUGUGACUGCAUAGACACUCCGAUAUUAUGAAAGGUAAAUAAUCCUAUAGGUUUAGGUUUUUGAAGACGAAACUACCUAUCCUGAUAUGCCCGCAUUGGUGGAUCAAAAUGCCUGUAGUGCAAGGGUGUUGUGGCAAGGAUAAAGAAAUUCUAGGUGAUCGUCCGACCGAAGAGUACAGAUAUGAAUUUGUGUUAGUGUGCGGCAAGACUCCUGAAUCUCAUAGAUAAAUAAAUCAUAGUCUCAAAUAAUAUUAAAACGGAAAAUCCUUUUUAUUCACUCUACUGACAAAAGCACAUGUAAUCAUAUCAAUAAUAUAUAUUUCUAGGGCUAAAGUGAAGUGAAUAAUAAGUUGAUUGAGCUAAAUAAAUAUUUUUGAAUGCACCUUUUUUUCAUAAUUUAUGUGUGUUUUUGCUUUGUACUAGUAUUUUGUUGACAUCUUUUUAGUGCAACUGCAGUAAAAGAUUCCACGGGUUUAUUACUGUGAAAGUCUUCCGCCACAACAAAUAAGAUAUCAAAUUUCUACAAAUCUGCCAAUAUUUAUACAUCAUGCACCACCUAAUCUAAUGGCAACGGCACAUCAGCUUACAGAUACACCCUAAUUGUUGACUGAAUGUGACAGCGGUACCUGUCGCUGAAUAUUGACGGUACCAAGACGUUGCUGCUUGUACUUUUUUGCGAAAUUAUUUUGCCAUCUGACAGGCGGUAUGGACAUUUUAGUGGUUAUUAGUUUUAGUCUUCUGUAACAAUUUUUAUUAUUGGUAUAUGCCCUGUGAAUCAAUCAGUAUUCGAUUCAUCACAUUUAUAUAUAGUAAAGGUUUCCCGCGUCCAUGCGUACUCAUGAUACCCUCCCCACAGCUAGAUUACUUUUAGAAUAAUUUGGUUAUCUUACAUUUUGUUGUGGGAAUCUCGUAACCCCCCCCUAUGAAAGCGAAUAAAAAUGUUCGAAUUGAUAUGCGAUUAGAAUAAAUGAAAUCGAUUUGAAUCUGGCCCUUAUUUUUUGCCACAGUAUGGAAUGUUCUCGAUUUAGUAUUGUUGAAUUGUUAGCAUCAACUUUAACCAUACAAAAAUACGUAUCGUUUCACAAGUCCAGUAAAAUCAAUUCCGAAAAUGCAAUUGGUAAAACAUUCAAAAGCUGAAAUUUUAUUCACAAAUGGGACACACAAUUGAAUUGAUCACAUUUUAUUUUGAGAAGUGCAUAAGACAAAAAAUGUUCUCCGUCUGAUAUAAUACGGCCUACUUCUUGCAAUAAUUUACAAAUCCGUGUCUAGAAAAGCACACAAGAAAAAUUUUUGCACUAGUUUGAAACAUAUUCGAAAAUAAAAAAAAUUCUACCAGCUUCGUCACGAUCACAAAAAUAAAACUUGAAUCACUCACUUGGUGUUUACAUUAUACCGCUAUCAUGUAAACAAAAAAACAGAGCUCUUUCCCGCCAAUUUUGGCGUCAACUGUCGUGCUCAUUGGAAAUUAUGACUACUUUAUGAGGGUAUGCUACUUUUCGUUUGCUGUUGAAUAAUAAUAAUAAGUUGCGAACGGUUUGAGUAUGUGAUAGUCGUCAGAUCUGACACGGGGAAUUGAUGAUAAAUUGACAUGGAAAUAGGCAUUUAAGUAUACAUAUGGCUUAAGAUUAGAUCCUUUUUUAUGUUAUUGCAAUUUUGUUCCGUUUAUUUUUCAAAAUGUUCUAUCUAUAUCAACGAAUGAAAUUUUAUUUUAUUUUAAAUUUCUAUUGAAAUAUUAAUUAUAUAUCUGAUUUCUUCUUUUCUAUUGUUGAUAUUAAUCACAUCAUAACGAUUUGUGUUCUUUCAGUCUGUUCCGUCGAUAUUUUUCUUUUGUUGCGUUCUUCGUUCUUCUCGUAUCAUGUGAUUUUACGGUUUUAUGAUCACCACGUCCAUACAAGCGUGAACAAGCGCAAUUUCAUAUUUGAAUAUUGAAUAUAUUAAUGUUCCGUGUAAGAUCAUUCAAUUAUUACCAAAAUUUUUAUCGAAAUAUAACAGUUUGCAUAACCGGCAAAGAUAAUUAUGCAUCCGUGUACAUCAUUUUUCAUGGCUAUACUUAAAGUAAUACGAUUUUGCAUCUGGUUUCUUGGCGUACACCCCCAACGCAAUUUUGAACAAACUUUUCCAUUAGUUUUGCAGAUAUGAAUAAAUUGGAUAGUUCUAUUUUAUUGCAAUCUAUAUGGCCUUUUUUGUUGUUUGUAUGUGGCAAGAAUAGAUAUUAUUCUCGGAUGAUGAAUAAGUAGGCAAAGUUAUAUCGUUUAUCUUGGAUUCCCAGAUCGUUUCGUAAAGUACCUUACAUUUUGUAGUCUGAACUGGUGUCAUGAACAUUUCUCAAAAUAAAAUCAUUUCAGAUGUA